UUGUCAGUGAGCACUGCAGUAAGGUUUGAAAGCGUAACAUGCACCAAACGGCUACUGGCUUUCCGGAACCUUCACGUUAAUUUAUUCUUUUGGGUUUCAUAUACAAACAUAAGUUAAUGGGGUAAACUCUGCUUAUUUUGUUAUUAUUAUUAUUUCAUUUUGCCUAUCGAUUUACUAUCUUACAGAAAAACAUAACUGCAGCUGAGUAAGUUAAUAUGUUCAAAUCUUUAUGGAUGUUACUUCAUUCUUCUCUUCUUUUCUAUGCCCCGCCCUAAAACAUUUUAACUCCCAGUCAUUAAUUUGCUAGGCUUCAGCACCCACGGCAAUCAUGAGCAGCUCCGGGCAGGUACCACCUACAAAAAGGAGACCAACAGAUACAUACAAAAAUUGGAUGAAAAGAAAUGAUGGAAGCUUAAAGUCAUCAGGUACAGCUUUCAUUAGAAAGCUUGUGAAGACUUGGAGAGAACACCAGGAUAAACAUCACAAAAUAAACAUUUAUAUGAAUAAGUUGCUUCAUAGCAUCUUUUUCUUAGGUCACAUUCAUAAGGCCCGUCUUCCUCCAACUGCCUUCUUUGAGUCUCCAGAGGUGAUGUACGAUUUAAAAAGAAGAUUUCCACAGGCAUUCAAUAAUUACAAGUGUCCACCCCACCAGACUCCAUUCUCCAUUCUUCUGGAUUUGGCUGUCAGGAUUUGUCGAUGUGAAGGGGAAGAGGAAAGGGGAAUAAAAACAUUUCUUCUAAGUUUCCUGGAAGCAUUGAAAUUGCCCCCCAAAAUAAAAGGCGAGAGUAACUACACAAACUACUACACUCUGGAGGCUACUGUCAUUGCUGUGUGCUACAACGAAACCCCUGGAGCCCUCAGACCAGACAAGUACUAUGGAGCAUCCCUGUCCUGUAGAGGGGAGAGAGAAAAGAACAUUGUGAUCAAUUGGUCAUGUCUAAAAGUGUGGCAUGACUAUGUGUCUUAUGCAGUGUUGUCAUUCAGACAUGAUGAACAGGGAAACGGUAUCAGAUUCCCUGUCUCUGUAAAAUGCAGAGCAUUCUACAGGAAUCACCAGACCAAUUGUUAUGAAGACCGAAGGCCGUGCAAGAACUGUGGGGAUCUUUUCUCUCUCUCAAACCCUGAGACAGACAGAAAUGACUUUCCCUACGGAAACUGUGCCGAAACGGAGUGCCUGAGUAAACUUAUUUUAAAUGAUCAGGAUGUCCGGAGCAAUAUGAUUUUGGGAAUCUACUGCACAAGGGAAACCCUAAAAGGUCUUAGAGAAAAGGCAGGAAUAGCUUUGGAACAUGGUCUUAAGGCAUAGGUCUACUUAGCACCUCUGAACAGUGUGCAUUUGGCCGUCAUUUUCAAACCAAGUCCAAACUGUGACUGUGUAAACUUCUAUUAUGUGAUCAGGAUGUCUGCAGCAAUAUGAGUUUUGGAGACUACACAAGAGAAAAUGUCUUAGAAAUAUGGUACAAAACGCUUUUGAACAUUUAGGUUUUGUUUCACAUAGGUUUUAUACAUGGUGUUUUUACUGUGUUUGACUUGGAAGUUUCCUCUGCCUCAACUAUAGGGGGGAGGGUUUUGUUUUUAACCCUCUUUCUCUGUGGUUACAAACUAAGGUGCUGCUGUUGGCUCUCUGCAGAACCCAAUAACAAUUGUCAACGCCCUCAUGUUCUCUCCACUGUUGCACAGAGGAAACCUCAGAGCAGCCUCACAUCCUGUUGCGAAACCAUGUAAUAACAACCGCCACUCUGAAAAACUGCCAGCAGUAUGAUGAGAAAAGUUUCCAAGUGUCACAAUACACAUCUGACUAGAAUUUGUUUAUAAGGUUACAUUUUAAGAUAAAAUGCUACAAAUUACAACUGGAAUUGUAAAACAUAAGUGGGGAUGAGUGAUAAAAGGCUGUGUUUGUGUUUGUUAUGUAAAUGUACUCUGACCUAGAGGUCCAUAUGAGGGAAUUUAUCUUUAUUGACUCAUCAUAUGAAUGUACCAAUAUCCUGUGAUGUACUGUAAUCUCUUUCUAAGACCAAAUAAUAGCAGCCUCCACUCUGAAAAGAAACAAAGGCAUCCCGAAAAUCGGUCUUCUCACAAAAUCGCAUGCAGCAUCCGAACGGGUUGACCUACAAACUUUUAUGACCCCUCUCUGGAAAGAUGAGACUCUCAAGAACAUGAUGGUGUUUGAAUAGCACUUGCGAAGUUUGAAUAGCACUUGCAAACAAUUGCAACCAGUACAUUUAGCAGGUGAUCUACCAAAAAACUAAAAUGCUACAUACUCCAGCCACAUUAAAAUACUACAGACAA